AAAGGUUGAGGUAGAUGCGCACCACCAUAUAAAAAUCACCUCUUCCCUCACCACGCAAGAUGGGUUCCACACUCCUCUCUGCUGCGCCUUCUGGAACAUUCUCCUCCACAAUACGACGUCGUUUGCCACUCGUAGGUGCGUUUUGCAUGCUCAGCUUGGGCAUCACCAACCUCUACACUCCCUUGUCUUCCUCCUGCAACACUCCAUCGAAAUUCAGUGGCGCCACUCGCUCUAUCAGAAUGGAAGCAAGCAACAACAACACUGUUCCAAGCAUCGUUGUUUACGUCACUGUUCCCAACAGAGAAGCAGGGAAGAAGUUGGCUGAGAGCAUUGUCAAAGAAAAGCUUGCAGCUUGUGUCAACAGAGUACCCGGUAUCGAAUCAGUGUACCAGUGGAAGGGAGAGAUCCAAACUGAUGCGGAGGAACUUCUUAUAAUCAAGACUAGGCAAUCCCUUCUGCAAGCACUUACAGAGCAUGUCAAAGCAAAUCAUGAAUAUGAUGUGCCAGAAGUAAUAUCCUUACCCAUCACAGGGGGGAACCUCAAGUAUUUAGAAUGGAUCAAGGAGAGCACAAGGGAGUGACUAUCAAGUUUAUAGCCAGUGGAUGUUACGAGUUGAAGAGUUCAUCUGUCUAUGUGUAGUUAAAUAAAACUGCCAAGCCAACUAGGCAAUGAAGGGUUAACAUUGUUAAUGUAGAGGAUGAGGAUCAGUAUUGUAUUAAACAGUUAAUGCUAUUGGGUGUAACAAACAGGUUAAAUAUUAUUGAGAUUUUGACUUGUGAGUAGUAA